GGUACCACCGGCGUCAGUAUUGCCUCGGUAUUAAGCUUCUUCACGUGGAGCUCUGCAAAGAUAUAUUUAUAUGUUGCUCUAACCAUCAUGGUUCGCGAGGAGUCAUUCAUGCUCCUGCUCCCCCUCUCCUAAGAAAAUUGCCUCUAAGAGCAAACAAAACACGCCAAGGACAAUCGAUAUACAUAUAAACACAAUUGUACACAAGCCUCAGAAAUCGACAUGUCCUGAUUUUGUAUCACAAAUGGCCUAAAUGUCGACCACCUACAUCACAGCGCCGCAAUUUCACAACACGUCCUUUAGGGGCUGGAAUCGUAACCGGCUACUACGCCGUCGCAUCAAGGGCACUCCUGCACCAUUAGAUAUCAAGGAGUAUCGUUUGGAUCCCGCCAAGUGGACCAACGGACUCGGUCCAUUGAAGAAACGGCGCGGAUCCAGACACGCCGGCGUCGACGUCGGAUUGACGAUAGACGCCAUCCUGGGCCAGAACAAGGACGAGCUCAUCUGUCUCGUCUGCAGGCAGUUCAUCGAGGACUGCGAUGCGGAAAACGACGGCGAGGACGACGACUGCUACCUGAUCUGGCGACGUGGUCCCGCGCGCCGCCUCUACAAGUCCAUCGAGAUUCGCGACACGGGAAUAUCCAUGGGCAACGGCGCCUACGUGAAGCCGGGAUGCCGGAUCGAGAAGUGGAAAUGGCUGGGUGAGUACCUUGGUGAACUGCUCCCGUUGGGAACCGCUAAUAUCCACGUGCCUGGUCUGUACACGUUCGAGAUCGCAGGCAUCGCGAGGGUUUGUGCUCAGACGCACGGGAAUCUGACCCGGUUCUUCAACCAUAGCUGUGACAACAACGUCGAGGUAAGAGUCGAGUGUGUUGGCGGGAGGCAGAUUGUCGCGUUUCAGGCAAAGAGAGACAUCGAGGAGAACGAGCAGAUCUUCAUUGACUAUGGGCCGGACUACUUUAGAGAUACUGGCUUGAGAUGUGUUUGCGGUUCGGUGGCUUGCCGGUACAAGGGCGCUGCCGGCAGGAAGAGAAAGAGAUAGCUUUGAAAAAGACGUGGUAAUAGAGGUAAGUCGGCGAUACUCAUCUCAAGUUUGAUAUGUUUUGAAUGGUAGGCGAUGUCUGAAAAGUAUAAAGCUCAUGUUGAUUUCCGAUUUGUGACGAGUUUUGGAAGUCCAUUAUCAGGACUCACGACUCC